AUGGAUUCCUUACACGAGCAGCAGUUCCACAUCCGUGAUCUUCCCACGCGGACUGUCACUCUCUUCCCAACCAGAGCACAGGUUGUUAGAGACAUCAAAGAGGUUGCCCUGAAGCCGGGAGCCAACGAGAUCGCCGUGGUGGGAUUAUCUCCGACUGUUGACGAGGAAUCUAUCAAAGUCGAGGGCAUUGGUUCAGCCAUCAUCACCGAUAUCACCAUUGAGUUGCUCCCCAAUCGUGACAUCUUUGAGGAGAUCUAUCCUGAUUCCGACUCGGACUCGGAAGAGGACGAGUCCGAGGAGGAUGACGAGUUCACAAGGAAGACCAACGACGAGCUCAAGGCAGUGCGUGACUCUCUCCAGACAUUGUAUGACAAGAGAGACCGCGAGGAUGAGAUUAUCGAGAGUGCUAUCAAUCGCCAAGGUUUUCUCGAAUCCUAUGGCCGCUCGUUGGAGAAGAAGAAGGGCAACUUCAACAUUGAUGACAGCCUCGAGAUGUAUCGCAAGGAGCGGGACAAGACCUUCGAGGAUAAGAUGAGCGCCACCAUUCGGAAGCGCGAGAUUGCCGCAGAGAUCGACAAGCUUCAGCUGGAGGAGGCACGGCUGCUCAAGUUAGAGGCGAAGGAACAGGCCAAGAUCAACAAGACCAAAGCAAAGGUCCAAAGGGCAAAGGACAAGGUUAGAGCUCAGAAGCUCCGGCGCAGGGCCAAAAAGGAGAAGGAGAAGGCCCGCAUUCGCAAAGAGCGGGAACAGUUUUGGCCCAAAUCAUGCUAUACUAUCCGCGUCACGCUUGAUGCUACCAGUCUGUCCCCUUCCUCGUCACGCCGGAGCUCGGUUGCCAGCGCUGCUGAUGUCAAACUGGCCCCUGAAAAGCCCAUGGAAGAUACCAUCACGUACUGCGAUCUGUCUCUCAGCUACGUCACCACGUCUGCUUUCUGGUCGCCCAGUUAUGAUUUGGCCCUGUCCACCACCACCAACUCGGCCAUUCUCUGUUUCGAUGCCCAGCUGACAAACAUGACCUCGGAGACUUGGACCAACGCCAAGGUGAUCCUGAGCACAUCGCAGGCUAGUUUCUCUGGCCUCCACGACGAGUCCCCAAGGCUUUUGCCUUGGCGGAUCAAGCUAGGUGGCCGCACUGCCCAUUUUACCAGCGACCAAGCCAUUUACAGUCGUGAGGAGAGGACACAGAAAGAGAUAUGGAACGCGGCGCAAAAUAAUUCCCAGCAGCAAAAGCCGCGCGCUGAGCUGUUUGGCGUCAGCAAACCACAGCCACACCGUCAAUUUUACACGCAGGGUGGGGGGGAGGGGGUUGCUUUUGCUCUGCUUGGUGAAGCCUCACCACCUCCACCACCACCGAGCAACCCAGCGCCGUUGGCGUGUAGUAUGGGGGGACCGGGCCUGGCGAAAGGGCUAAAUCUGCGCUCCGCAAACAUGUCGGCAAUGAGCAAACGCCGCAGGAGCGGAAAUCCCCCCGACGGUGCAGUGUCAGAGUCGAUGGAAUACGAAGACCACGACGCCCAAACCGUCCUCGAGCCCACCCCCGAGGUCUCCUUCCAGGACUCCUCCUUUGAGGAAACCGGCCUCACCGCCACCUACGACCUCCCCAACCCCAAGACACUGAGGCCGAGCUCGAUCGCCUCCAAGCAGCGCGUCGCGAGGAUCACCUUCACCAACGUCGUGUUCGCCAGGACCGUCGUGGCCAAGUACAAGCCUGCCGCGUACCUCAAGGCCAAGCUCCGCAAUACGAGCAAGCUGACGCUGCUGAAGGGCCCGACGGGCCUGACGCUGGACGGGACGUUCAUGGGCCGGUCUACGCUUCCGAGGUGCAGCGCCGGGGACACGUUCAAGAUCCCGCUGGGUGUUGACCCUGCCAUCAAGGUUGCCUACCCCAAGCCGGAGGUCAAGAGGAGCACCACCGGGGUGUUCACCAAGGGGGAUAACAGCGUUUACACCCGGGCGAUCACUCUGGUCAACACGCGGGCUGCUCAAGGGGCCAAGCCGGUCGAGGUGUUGGUGUUGGAUCAGGUUCCCGUCAGCGAGGAUGAGAAGCUGAGGGUGGAGCUGCUGCACCCGAGGAUGAGCGUCAGCGGAGGGGGUAUGUCGACCGGAGUGCCGGGUAAGGACGGGAAGGAGGAGGCCAACUGGGGCAAGGCGGUGUCGUUUUUGAAGAAGGGCGGGGAGGUGAACUGGGAGGUGGUGCUCAACGCGGGACGGAGCGUCAAGUUGACGUUGGAGUACACCAUCGAGAUGCCGUCUGGGGAGAAGGUGGUGGAGUGCUAG